AUGUGCUACUACGACAACUACCAAUACGCCUGCCGCGACUGGAAAUGGGGCAACUUCCGCAUGCACUGCCAGAAAGAAUACCGCACCGGCGAAACGUGCGGCAUGAAGAUGAUCUUCCAGACGGUCCCCUUGAACGAGAAGUGCACCCAGUGCGAGAAGAUCGAGAAGAAGAAGCGCCGUCGGCAGAAGGCGCUCGACGACAUUGCGCGCUGGGAGCGCGACGGCGGGAAGUUGCAGGCGAGCAUCGAGAAGGCGCGCGAUGAUGUGCGGGCUUUGGAGGCGGAGAUCACUGCGAUGAUUGCGGAGAAGGAUAGGAGGUAUGCGACGAUUGGGAAUACGCGUCGGGCGGCUUGA